UAAAUGUGUUGUCGCGAGAGGCCUGUAAUCACCACAGUUCUCCUCGUCUCCAUUUGAGAAACAGCAUUCCCGCUCUUGUGUAGUCCAUUAUUAGCCGCCAUGUCUGACAUACGGGAGCAUUUGCAGAAACAUGGACAUCUUCGCUACGACGAGGAUCUGAGCCAGGUUAUCAGCCCAAGUACUCGCCAAGUAUUGGAGAACUAUAGCAAGAUCCCGCCGGCAGAGGUGGAGCCACAUAUCUACGCCGUGGUUUGUUGCAUGGCACUUCCAUGAGGAUUGAUCGUUCCAGCUGACACUCACAAUAGCGGGACAAAGCCUUUGCUAUCCAUCCCUACCCAUGCAUCGGCGAAGGUCGUUUCCUCCAACUCGCCAUAGGUUCCCACAAGCUCUAUCCAGAGAUCCUAUCACGCAUGAAAAAAGACGGCGCGACCUUGCUCGAUCUCGGCUGUGCUUUCGCGCAAGAUCUUCGCCGCUUGGUCGCUGAUGGCGUGGAUGGUCGACAGUGCUACGGGUCAGAUCUCCGACUUGAUCUGAUCGAUCUGGGAUAUGAGUUGUUCCGCGAUCGUGAGACCUUGCACAGCAAAUUCAUCGCAGCAGACGUUUUCGACGCCGAAAGCCCGCUCACGCAGCUGUACGGCAAAAUCGAUGUCAUCAACGCCAGCUCCUUCUUCCACUUGUUCACUCGAGAUGAGCAACUGCAGAUCGCGAGGCAGUGUGUCAAGCUAUUGCGGCCACAAGCUAACAGCUUGAUAGUCGGUCGUCAUAGAGCACAGGUGGUUGCAGGCGACACGACCGGGAAAUUCGGGCCUUCAGCUAAGUUCUGGCAUUCUGCAGAGUCUUGGGAACAAUUCUGGACCGAAAUCGGAAAUGAAAUGCAUGUUGAGUUUGAUGUCAAUGUCACCAUGACAGGCGCAAAGUUUGAGAGACUCGAGUUGGCACCAAAGCCUGGCGAGGACGUAUCUAUGAGCUUCAGCGUCCGACGGCGAUGAAGCGGCCAAAUUGGCCCUCCCUCGGGUGGGAUGUGUUGUGAUGAAGGUCACUCAUGUAACGACUUCUUCUCCUUGGUCUUGGUUUCUCUUGUACAUAUGUAUUUGGUAACGCAUGUGCUCUAGAGGUAUUGGAUAUUCCAGACCCGGCGGCAAUCUAAACCAUCUAGAUUCUUCUGAUAAGACCUUGGACCAUUUGGGCAAGACAUCUGACCCUCGCUUGUGCGGCUCGCUGUCCAGCAAAGUAUGGUCCAAAAGCCAUUG